AGGUCAUUGCCGUCUCUGUUCUGAUUUGAGAAAUUCUUGAGUACAAACACAUCUAAUUGUGUGUUUGCAAUGGCUGCCCGUGUGGGUGCCCCAGCACCAGCACCAACUGCUCGUCCAGGGAUCACGUUGCCAAACCAAACGCUUUAUAUCAAUAACCUCAAUGACAAGAUUAGCAAACAAGUUUUGCGAAGUGAGCUUUAUGUUUUGUGUUCUCAAUUUGGAGGCGUUCUUGACGUCGUAGCAUUGAAAACGGGCAAAAUGCGUGGACAAGCUUUCGUUGUGUUCCAACAGCUCACCGCGGCUUCAGUUGCACUUCAGAAGUUACAAGGAUUCGAAUUUUAUGGGAAGCCAAUGAGAACAGCGUUCUGCAGGACGAAGUCGGAUGUGAUUGCCAAGGAAGAUGGCACCUUCGUUCCCAAACAAAAGAGGAAGACUGAAUCGCACGUGCCCGCAUACAAGCAACCGAAUAAGAAGCAGAUGGUGGAGAGCCAGGCGGAGGCACAGCCGGAAGGAGAUCAAGACAUGCAGGAGGAGACCAAUCAACCCAUCAACAAGAUUCUGUUCUUGGAGAGGCUCCCUGAUGAAAUCAACGUGGAAAUGCUUCAAACUCUCUUCAAGCAGUUCCCUGGCCUCGCAGAGGUGCGCAUGGUCCCUGGAAAGACGGGCAUUGCCUUCGUCGAGUUUGAGUCAGACGCACAAGCUGCAACUGCCCGUGACACCCUUCAGGGUUUCAAGCUUACACCGACGAACACACUCAGAAUCACUUACGCUAAGAAAAAUUGA